AUGGCUGAUGCUGGAAGGGGUCGCGGCCGAGGCCUGGCUUUGCUGCAGGCCCUUAAAUCGCAGAUAACUGAGUCACCAGCCCCUCAGGAUCCAAGACAAGAACCAUCUACAACAGCAAGUGUUGCUGCAACAGCAAAUGUUGCUGCAAAGCCUAAUUUGGUGCCUGACACAGCAUCCAGUGUAGCCCCAAGUAAUGUUAGUUCAACAAGUACUAUUCCUGGAGGAAGAGGGAAAAUGGCAGCAAUGCUGCUUUCAAAAAUGCAGAAACCCGGAGGUGAUAAGCCUACGUUCACUCCAGCAUCUGAUGUGAGUCCGAGCCCAAGUAUUAUAAGCCAAGGACGAGGAGCUGGACGUGGACUACAGCUUCUACAGAAUUUGAGAAAGCAGACACCUGCAAGUUCCACCGUAGACUCCAGUGUAGAAAAUAUAACAAAAGGUCUUGCAGCUUCAUCUGUAUCUUCAGCUAAUUUGCCUGGAGGGAAGAACAAAUAUUAUAGUGAAAUCAGUCAAACAAAGCCAGUAGUUAUGAAGGGAGAGAGUGGUACUCCAUGCGACCUGACAGCCAACUUUAUUUAUCUUAAAUAUGAAGAUAACACUGUGUUUGAAUAUGAAGUGAGAUAUGAACCGGAUCAGGAUUACAAGCAUUUGAGAUUUAAACUUUUAAAUGAACAUAAUCACUUCUUCCAACAAAAGACAUUUGAUGGCACAACUCUCUAUGUACCUCACAAAUUACCAGAUGAAGCUCUCAAUCUAGUUUCAACCAAUCCUUACGACAAUAGUAAAGUUAAUAUAACUAUUUUAUACCGCCGUCCUCGUCUCCUACGUGAAAUGAUACAUAUAUAUAAUAUGCUAUUUAAACAUAUAAUGAGAGAUCUGAAUCUUGUUAGGUUCGGACGACAGCACUUCAAUGAGAAAGCAGCAAUACAAAUACCACAAUAUAAACUUGAAGUUUGUCCGGGUUAUGUGACAGCGGUUGAUGAGUAUGAAGGCGGUCUCAUGUUGACUCUAGACUCGACUCAUCGUGUGCUUCGUACACAGACUGUGUUGUCACUGAUCAAAGAGACUGUACAGACUCAAGGGGCUGGAUGGAAGAGACAUAUUAGUGAUGCACUCAUCGGAACAUCAGUUAUGACAACAUAUAAUAAAAAACUGUUUCGGGUUGACAGUAUAGAUGACACAAUAACUCCAAGAUCAACAUUUGAGAAGAAUGAAAAGGGACAAAUGGUUAAAAUUACAUAUCUUGACUAUUACAAGAAUAAAGGUAUUGAUAUUAUGGAUAUGGAUCAGCCAAUGUUGAUUUCUAGAGACUCCAAGCGUAUGCCAGGGUCAGAGCAGGUUACUGAUUUCAUGAUAUGCCUGGUACCGGAACUGUGUCAACUAACUGGUUUAUCGGACAGUCAGAGAAGUAAUUUCAAACUUAUGAAAGAUGUCGCCACUUACACCAGAAUAACACCGAAUCAACGGCAUGCUGCUUUUAAAAAGUACAUCCAAAAUGUUCUAGAAAACGAGACGGCCUUGAAUCGUCUUAAAGGCUGGGGUCUUACAAUAGCUCCUGAAACGAUUGAGAUAGCUGGCCGUACUUUAGCACCAGAGACUCUAUAUUUUGGCAACAAUGUCAAAGUACCGGGACAGCCGAAUUCCGAAUGGAACGGCGACGUUGGAAAGAAUAGUGUGAUGCAAGCCGUAGAUAUAUUAAGAUGGGUUGUUCUGUUCACUGAUCGAGAUAAACAGGUGGCUUCGGAUUUCGUAGAAACUAUAAAGCGUUGCAGCCGUCCGAUGGGUAUAAACGUGUCUAACCCGGAUAUGGUCCGACUACCUAACGAUCGUACCGACACAUACGUGAUGGCUCUCAAGAAAUGUAUCAGCAGUCAGUUACAAGUUGUGGUAGCCAUCUGUCCUACAAUCAGAGACGAUAGGUACGCUGCCAUCAAGAAGAUAUGCUGCGCUGAGAACCCCGUACCAUCUCAGGUGAUCAACGCUCGUACAAUAAUGAACAGUCAGAAAAUAAGAUCGAUUACUCAGAAGAUAUUACUGCAAAUUAAUUGUAAGCUGGGUGGUACCUUGUGGCAUAUUAGUAUACCCUUCAAAUCGGCUAUGGUGGUCGGAAUAGAUUCAUACCAUGACGCUAGCAGGAAGAAACGGAGUGUGUGUGCUUUUGUGGCUUCAUACAACCAAUCAAUGACGCACUGGUAUUCCAAGGCGGUGUUCCAAGAGAGGGGUCAAGAAAUAGUGGACAGUCUUAAAUCCUGUUUAGUCGACGCUCUCAAACAUUACCUAAGAAUAAACGGAAGAUUACCCGAUAGGAUUAUAAUAUAUAGAGAUGGUGUGGGCGAUGGUCAAUUAAAACUUCUCAAAGAGUAUGAGAUACCUCAAAUGGAAGUAAGUUUUUCAGUUGUCGAUGACACUUACAAGCCCACUCUAACCUACAUCGUUGUUCAGAAACGUAUUAAUACGCGAAUAUUUUUGAAGUCGAGAGAAGGUUUUAGUAACCCCGCACCAGGAACAAUAGUCGAUCAUAAGAUAACUAGAAGGGAUUGGUACGACUUCUUAAUAGUAUCACAGAAGGUUAACCAGGGUACCGUGACCCCUACUCACUAUGUGGUUGUUAGUGACAACAGUCCAAUGUCGCCGGACCAGUGUCAGAGAUUAACAUACAAAUUGUGUCAUCUAUAUUACAAUUGGCCCGGUACUGUUCGUGUGCCCGCGCCUUGUCAAUACGCACACAAGCUAGCAUCGCUUGUAGGACAGAAUAUACAUCAACAACCAUCUGAAGCGUUAGCUGAUAAGCUAUUUUUCUUAUAA